UUUCUGUUUCCAUUCUUUAGGAUUCCAGUGCAAUGAGUUGGUGGAGGAAUUAUUUCUGGAUCAUCUUAGCUGUGGCCAUUGUUGUUGUCUCCUUGGUCCUAGGCUUCCUCUUGUACUGUGUCUAUAGAUGGCAGUUUAAACAAGGCAAGAAAUGGGAAAUUGCCAAGCCCUUGAAACAAAACCAAAGAGAAGAAGAAAAGAUGUAUGAGAAUGUUCAGUCACCAGAUCCAUUACCCCCUCUGCCACCCAGAGGCUCAUUUUCUCAAGGCAAUUUUGCCCCACAGGAAAUCCCAGCUACAUACUCUUUGGUGAAUAAAGCUACAAACAAGAAAACUGUUCCCACCUUGAGCUACAUUGAUCCUGAAAAUGACUAUGAUGAUGUUGAAAUCCCUGGAAAUACUCAAAACCAUAAUUCUAAAACAAGCAUUUCUUCUUUUUGGCAUGCUGAAGAGAGUUCACACAACUUAUAUUAGAAGUAUCAAGAAUGGUUGGCCUUCAGAAAGUGUCAGCUCCUGAAAGCCAGUGGUCAUUUUUUGAAGCUUUGUGAGAUAGGACUUCCUGAACCUUGAUGAAGACGUCUCAGUGAUCAGAUGAUUGCAGCAGAGGAAAGGCACCAAUGCUCAGCCCUUGUGAUUUUUCAGUUGGUGUAGUUUCCAUGGGGUGGACCUCAUGGACACCCAUGAGAAACAACUCAUUUCUCAACACUCCCCUUUUGUUCACUUGGUUUGUGGGGUUGUAAAUGAUAGUUAAUCUUCGUAUUUCAUUGUGCAGAGCCUCCCAGCUCCCAUCCCCAGCUAAGCCCUCACCAGUCUGACUCUCUUUUGUCCCACCCACCCCUAUAUGGAAAGGCUGAGCAGCAGUUACAGCUGAGCAUUCUUGUGCACAAGUCACCACUUGUCAGUUGGUGAAUUUGUAAGGGUGGGGAAUGCUUUUUAUUCUUAUUAAUCCUCUACAUCUACACACACCCCAAACUCCA